AUGUACAGUAUGACUGGCCAGUCGGCUGCUGCGGGAUCUCCUUGCUCUCAUCAUCUCUCUGUGCAAACUCAAGAGGAUGAGCAGGACAGAGCAGAGAGUGUGUUAAGCAGGUCUCAUUCUGUGUGUGAUGACACCUCAUCUGAGCUGCAGCGAGUAGCUGCCCUUGAACCUCAGGAUGCGCCGUCCAGAAACGACUUUACAGGAAGAAGAGCCCUGUUCAGGUUGGUGAGUCUGGUGGUGAUUCUGAGAGACUGGGCACACAGGAGUCUUAUAGAGGAGGAGGAGAGACCUGAUUCCUUCCUGGAUAGAUUCCGGGGACCCGAAGUACGAGCUCCACCCAGUCGAAGUAGCAACAACCAACCGGAUGCCAAUGGAAAUACUAAGGGAAACACAAAGAAGCAAUGGGAGACAUUUAUAGUUUCUCCCUCUGAUGAUAUUUACUACUACUGGCUGUUGUUCAUUGCCGCUGCUGUGCUUUAUAAUUGGGUACUGCUUGUGGCAAGAGCCUGUUUUGAUCAAAUGCAGACUGAGAAUCUUAUUGUCUGGCUGGUGUUUGACUAUUUGUGUGAUGCUGUCUACAUACUGGAUUCAUGUGUGCGGCUAAGGACAGGUUACCUGGAGCAAGGACUUCCUGUGAAGGACCUUGCAAAACUCAGAGACAGCUACAUUCACACUUUUCAGUUCAAACUGGAUGUUAUCUCCAUCCUCCCCACGGACCUGGUGUACAUUAUCAUGGGCAUCAACACACCACAGCUGCGCUUCAACCGCCUCCUGCGCUUCUCUCGUAUGUUUGAGUUCUUUAAUCGCACAGAGACAAGAACCAACUACCCAAACAUCUUCCGCAUCUGGAACUUGGUUCUCUACAUUCUGGUUAUUAUCCACUGGAACGCCUGCAUCUACUAUGCCAUCUCGAAGUCUAUAGGUUUUGGUUCAGAUCAGUGGGUUUAUCCCAACAUCUCAUCCACUGAGGAAGGAGCUCUGAGGCGGAGCUACAUAUACUGCUUCUACUGGUCCACAUUGACACUCACCACCAUCGGUGAGAUGCCACCACCAGUACGUGAUGAGGAAUAUGUGUUUGUGGUGUUUGAUUUUCUUGUUGGAGUCCUGAUUUUUGCCACCAUUGUGGGUAAUGUGGGUUCCAUGAUUUCCAAUAUGAACGCCACAAGAGCAGAGUUCCAAGCACGGAUUGAUGCUAUUAAACAUUACAUGCAUUUCCGCAAAGUCAGUCGCCAUCUUGAGACACGUGUCAUCAAAUGGUUCGACUACCUGUGGACGAAUCAGAAAGCAGUGGAUGAACAGGAAGUCUUAAAGAAUCUUCCUGACAAGCUACGUGCAGAAAUUGCUAUCAAUGUUCAUUUAUCAACUCUGAAGAAAGUUCGCAUCUUUCAAGAUUGUGAGGCCGGGCUGUUAGUAGAACUGGUUUUAAAACUGCGUCCCCAAGUGUACAGUCCUGGCGACUACAUCUGCCGGAAAGGAGACAUUGGAAAAGAGAUGUACAUCAUUAAAGAGGGCCAAUUAGCAGUUGUUGCUGAUGAUGGAGUGACGCAGUUUGCAUUGCUAACAGCUGGGGGUUGCUUUGGCGAGAUUAGCAUUCUUAACAUUCAGGGUAGUAAAAUGGGAAACCGUCGGACAGCUAACAUUCGCAGCAUUGGCUACUCUGACCUCUUCUGCCUUUCAAAGGAUGACCUUAUGGAGGCCGUAACUGAAUACCCAGAUGCACAGAAGGUUCUGGAAGAGCGUGGAAGGGAGAUUCUGAAGAAGCAGGGGCUUCUGGAUGAAAGCAUCGCACAGGGAGGGUUGCUCGUCAUUGAUACUGAUGAGAAGGUUGAACGUCUGGAGAGCUCACUGGAUGUUCUACAAGCACGAUUUGCCCGGUUACUUGGUGAGUUUACAGCAACUCAAAGCAGACUGAAACAGAGAAUCACAGCACUUGAGAGACAACUGUGUCAUACAGGCCUUGGGCUUGUUUCAGAUCAAGAGAUGGACUUUGAGAGUAAAGGUAACACACCUCGAGCCAACUCGACUACAUAGAUGUGUGCAUCUGCAUCAUGAAGAUUGUAUGCCUCUAUUUCACAAGAUUAUUAAGUGUUUAGUUGAACACAAAUUCUAAUUUACAGACAUUUGCUUCUUCAAACGUGUUCCAACAGCCUCUAGCUUUUAGAAUGAUUUUAGACUUGGUUUUUCCAAGUAUUGUUUUUAAUGGAUUUAAAAAAAAAAGGAAGAUACCAUUUAGUUUUCUUAAAUGAAAAUGAGGCUGUGAGGGAUACUGUAGUCCUUCAAUAUAUACCAUCAGUGUUGUUAUUGUUAACUAAAACUAUAAAAAAAUAUUUUCAUUAAUUGAAACGAAGCUGGAAAAAAAAUUGUCCAUCCAUUCUCCAAACUUUUAUAUGUAGUUUAUUAAAUAUGACAAACUUAAACUUUAUUACAUCCUUUUUUGUAUAUUUAUUGUAUGUUUUAUUUGAAAAGUUUCAAAUUGUUUUUUUUUCUCCCAAAAUUGUCUGUUAUUUAUAACUGUUAUCUUUUGUGAAAAAUUUAAUAUGGCGUCCACUGUGAAAGGUCCAUAUACCCUAGACAAAUUCUGUUGACAAGACAAAAUAUGUAUUGACAAACUGUCCUUGUAACAUGUUGGGUUCACAGAAACUUUCAUUCGCUUUUUGCAUGUACACAUAUAUAAAGAAAAACAACAAAAUGUAUGUUCUUUUUAAUUACUGUGAUGAGAAUAUAAAACCUAUUUGCAGCUUGCACAUCACUGUGCUCAAAUAAAGCAGUUGUGGCUUUAAAAGGGAUGCAGCUAAGGCUGGAAAGUAACAAUAAAUUAAAUUUGCUACCUAUUAGAUUGUGUUUUAUUCAUGUAUACACCUACCCCAACCCUAAACUUAAAGUCUCCAUGAAAUCAAAAUUUACAGUAUUUAUUUUGUUAGUGCACAUUGCUAGUCUUAUGUGUGCAAUUAAUCCGUGCAAGUUAAUCCCCUGUUUGUCUUGGUAACCAAAAUCUGAAAGUUUGCUUUCCUAUGGAAUGGUAUUCCUUCACUGAUGACAUCAGUUUGACGGCUUGGGCAGAAUAUGCUUAACCACGCCCCUCCAACCCCAGCAUCCACAAGUCCACUAGUGUCUGCUAUGGUAUGCGUAACAUAAAGAUCACCAUCGGAGAGUGGGCGCGAAGGUUCUGAGCGGACAUCCUCCCAUUUUUUUGUGUACGCACGUAAAGGCACCAACUGCACAUGCAUAGGCUGUGUGAAGAAGCUCGUUGCUACUUGAACCUGUCUAUUCCAUUUUUUGGGGUCAACAGCUUAUAAAAACGUAGUUCUGGCUUCUUGU